AUGCUUCGUAUCCCCACUCCUCUCCGAGAGCCUUGUCUCGAACACGAAAACUUGGCCGCAGUCAAGGAGCUUCUUUUUAACUUCCUCGAACGAAGCAACUGGAAGAAAGUCCCCGUUGAGCGGGACAUUGUUCUCCGCUCUGAUAUUCGCCGUGAAAUCGAGCUUUGGAGCUUUUACGAUGACGCCCUCCUCAUCGACGCCCUCGUCGACGUCGCCUGCGGGAUCGCGGAGGCCUCCUAUCUCCUUCUCCCGCCGCCGCACCGCCGCUUCGUCGCGCUCUACACUGCGUGCACCGCCCAUGUCGACGACCGCACCGGGCGCCAGGACGGCGCCGCGAUCACCGCCGCGCAGCGGUUCGGCAUCCGCUUCGCCCGCGGAGAACCACAGGGCCUACCCGCGCUUGACGUGCUCGCGAGGCUGCUCAAGGACACAUACGAUCUGUUCCCGGCCCUCGGGGCGAACACGAUCAUCAGCAACACGGUCGACGGCAUGACGGCGAUGUACGUCGAGGCGUCGACGGUCGGGGUCGCUGUCGUCCCGGGGGCGUCGAAGUGGCCGGACUACUUCAGGAUCAAGACGGGCCUGUGCGCUGCAUACACGCACUUUUGCUUCCUCAAGGAGUUCGAGCAGAAGCCUGGGGCGUACGUUCAGAUGGUUCCUCUUUCCUUCUACAAAGAAGAGCUGGCCCACGAGAGCACCAACUACAUAUGUCUUCGUGCCGUUGCAGAACACGCCACCUCUUUAGACAUUCUACGCAAGGUCGUUGAAGAAACUCUCGACAAUAUGCGCCUCAUAGAUGCUACAUUUUCGAAUGACGAACGGCUGCAGUUUGUAUGGGAAAGCUUGAAACAGGUGAGAGCAGCCACGUUUCUCUCGGAUGUCCUGUCCGUAAUAGGCUACAUCUCGUUCCACUUUGCCACCCAAAGGUACAGACUCGAGGAGGUUGGAAUGCUCGGGACCAUCGUCGCGGUCAGGCUGGACGAGCCGAUCAGCGCGUGUGGACAGGAACUCAGCUGGAACAAGUACAUAGAGAUCCGAGUUUCGGGAUAUGAGCUCUGGAGUGCAUCCAUCACUCGCCCCGGCUUCAAUGCACUCGUCGGAUCUUCAGACGACGCCAAGAGCUCUUUCGUCGCCAAGACCCCCCGCCGAAGAAGUUCCUAUGCCACAGUCACUUGA